AUGGGUCGCUCUCAGGAGCUCAGUGAAUUCAAGCAUGGUACAAUGAUAGAUUGCCACCUGUGCAAUAAGUCCAUCUGUGAAAUAUUCUUGCUAUUAAAUAUUCCUCAGUCAACUGUUAGUGGUAUUAUAACAAAGUGGAAACAACUGGGAACAAGAGCAACUGCAUGCUGAAGCGCACAGUCACAAACUGUCUGCAGAGUCAAUAGCUAAAGACCUCUAAACUUCAUGUGGCCUUCAGAUUAGCACAACAACAGUGCGCAGAGAGCUUCAUG